UGAGAGGACACGAACACAUUAGCGUGUGACACAAAGUGGAACAACCAUGCGGAUGGCGUCAUUUUGACUUCGCAGUCGAGUUGGUGAAAUUGUUACAGGUUACAUUUAGCGGACAUAAUGAAUUUAACGUUUCUUGACAGUAUUAGUACAGUAGUUAAAGCGUUAGUGUCACUUUUUUGACCUGAUUCACAAGCUGUACAUCUCGCUGAAUAAUGGGGAAAUCAAAGACCAAGAACCAGAAGAAAUCCCGAGCAACAGCCAACCAUGUGGCCGAGGAGACAUACGGAGCUGUUCCCCACUCCUUCGUGUUUCAUCGUGGUCAGGUCGGCAAAAACGUGGGUCAGCUCAUCCUGGAUGUACGGAGAGUUAUGGAGCCCUACACCGCAGAGACUCUCAAGGUCAGAAAAAAGAACGUGUUGAAAGACUUUGUGGCAAUAGCAGGACCGCUGGGAGUGACGCACUUCAUGAUCUUCAGCAAGACGCCCAGCAGUAUCAACAUGAGACUUGCUCGACUCCCCAAAGGCCCCAUGCUUCAUUUCAGAGUGCUCAAGUAUUCUCUCGUCAAAGAUGUGGUUUCAUCGCUGAAGAAGCACAGGAUGCACGAGCAGCAGUUCACACGUCAUCCGCUACUCAUCCUCAAUAACUUUGGAUCUGAUGGCAUGCAGGUCAAACUGAUGGCCACCAUGUUUCAAAACAUGUUUCCCUCCAUUAAUGUGCACAAGGUGAGCCUCAACAACAUUAAGCGGUGCGUGCUGUUGAAUUACAACCCGACAUCGCAGGAAAUAGAAUUUCGACAUUACAGCCUGAAGGUGGUCCCUGUGGGCAUGAGCCGCGGAGUCAAGAAGCUGAUGCAGGAGAAGUUCCCCAACAUGAGCAAGUUUGAGGAUAUCAGUGAGCUGCUGAUGAAGGGGGCAAACCUUUCAGAAAGUGAAGCAGAACAAGAUGGGGAGCACAACAUCACUGAGCUGCCUCAGGUCUACUCUGGCCGAGGCAACAUGGCGUCCCAACAGAGUGCUGUCCGUUUGACCGAGAUUGGUCCUCGCAUGACUCUGCAGCUGAUGAAGAUAGAAGAAGGCAUGGGAGAGGGGAAUGUCCUCUAUCACUCUAUCACCUCCAAGACAGAGGAGGAAAUCCAGGCGAUCCUGAACAGAAAGGAGGCCCAGCUGAAAGAGAAGGAGGAUCGCCGGAAAAAGCAAGAGCAGAACGUCGCUCAGAAGAAAGAGAAACGAGAAGAGAACAAGAAAAAGAGCCUGGAAGGUAUCAAGAGGAAGCGUGAGGCUGAGGCUGAAGAGGACAGUGAAGUGGAGGAUCCUGGGAUGCAGGACGAUCAGGCAAAUGCUGUUGAAUCUGAUGAUGAGGCGGAGUACUACAGACAGGCUGUAGGAGAGGAGCCAGAUGAAGAUAUGUUCCCCGGGGCCAAGAGGAGACGAGGCCCAGCAAAGUCUCAGGCGCCUGCCAAGAAGAGGAAGCAGUCCCCUGGUAAAUCAUCAAGAGAAGACAGAGGUGCUAAAUCACCAAAGAGAGGUAGUCCAGGAGGACAGCACAGAGACAAAAUGGGAAAAGAUCAACAAAGAAAAGGAUGGAAGAAGUCCGGGGACAGGGAGAAACCAUUUGGAAAGAAGAUGAAUCCCAGAGGCAAGGCGUUCGGAGCAAAGAAACCUGGCGAUAGGGAAAAUAAAUUCGGUGGGAAGAAGAAAUUUGAAGGGAACAAAACAUUCGGUGGAAAGAAAAAUAAAGACUUCAAAUCUAAGGGUCAGAAAGGCAAACCGGGCUUCAAGAAGAAAGGCGCAGGAGCAAAGCAAGGCUUCAAACAGAGGAAGGGAAAAGGCUCUCAAAGCAAGAUGAAUUUCUCUGAAUGCGAGAAGUUUCAAAUUGCCCUGCUGCCCUCAGUGUAUGGCAUUGAGUUCGUUGUAGCCCUGGCAGGAAACCUCUUUGCCUUGUGGCUGCUAGUGGUCAAAGAAAGAAGGAACUGGCACACUGGUGUUGUCCUGUCCUGUAACCUCGCCAUCAGUGACCUGCUGUAUGUCCUGACCCUGCCUUUGCUGAUCAUCUACUACUCACUGGGGAAGCACUGGAUGUUUGGUAAUGCUGUGUGUAAAACCGAGAGGUUUCUCUUCACAUGCAACCUAUAUGUGAGCAUCUUUUUCAUCAUGGCGAUAAGUGUGAACCGCUGCGUGGCCCUGGCGUGUCCCUUCUUUACCAGAACCUAUGUAGAGCCUGCCCACGCCAAGGCCAUCAGUGUCAUCAUUUGGAUCACUGUAGGAGUCAUUUCCUGCCCUGUGCUGAAAUUUGCCUCAGUUUGCCAAAAUGACAACAAGACUAUGUGUGUGUCCUUCUGUGGUCAUCUUCCCGGCGACGAUCACCCUCACUUCACUUACAAAAUAUUUCUAGCUGUGUUUGGGUGUCUAGUUCCCUUCUUGGUUACUUUCACUUCUUACUGUGUAGUUAUUUGGGUGGUGUGGAAAAAUGUCAACAUAACCACACUAGAGAAACGCAAGGUAGCCUUGUUAGUCAUAUCAGUACUUGUCCUGUAUGCUGUUUCUUUUGUGCCUUACCAUGUCUUUCAGAUCUAUCACUUCUAUGUGAAACACAAGUACCCUAAGAAAGCUAUGUGUUGGCUCUACGAUAUGUACCAAGUGUCUAAAGGACUGGCAAGUCUGAACAUGUGUAUUCAUCCAAUCCUUUACAUGGCUGUGUUUGACAGUAUCAGAGUGGCUUGUUGUGGGAAUAGCUCUGAGGACAACAAAAGAGAAGUUAUAAGAAAGUAGAAAUUUCUGUGAUGAUUAUUUCAUGCUGUAAAAUUCAAGCAAAUUUAAUCUUGACACGUGAAUUUUCUCUUGCUCAUAUUUCUUGCUUUAUUUCUUUUAUUGCCAAAAGUUACCGAUCUGUAUUAU